AUGGCUGCUUCGGAAACGGCGGCGAGACUUCCAGUAAACAGCGCUUUCUUUGACGAUGACGAAGAAGCUGGUGGGGACGAUUUAGCCGUGGUCAAGUUCCACUGGAGUGAAAAAGCUCUUUGUUGGCUGCGUGUUGGUGAAGAUGUUAAGCCCACCCAACGCCUUCCAGCCGUGUUUUACCUUGCAGAACUUGGGCACGAUAAUCUUGUCCGACUGCGAACCUAUAUUGAAAUCAAUAUGUUCGUUGUCGGCAUUCGAGUCGGCAUUCAGGAGCAGAAAGUCCGAAACGCCGCCUGUGUGCGGCAGUCAGCCAGCGAGUACAACGAUGGUAUGAAGGGCAUGCGCACCAUAAUGAUCCAUGUCCCAAUGUGUGAUUACAAUACGCGCGAAAGAAGGCUUUACCGUCCUAUCACUAAAGAGCGCAUAAAGCCCGGGCGCGUAAUUCGUCAUCCAGUUCCUGAUAACGGCAGCACCAUCGUGAAAGGUACCUCCAUCAAUGAGCACGAGCGUUUGAGGGUUCUUUUUGGCGUCGAGCUCGACCACGAUGGUACAAUCGCCAACUCCGAUGUUUAG